CCAGCCUCCUCUUCCGCAAGCUUCGUCCUGCAUCCCGAGUCUCUUGCGUUGCGGCUAUUCACGCCAAAACACACACGCGCUCUGCCUCUUCUCUUUGAAACAUUCCACGCAUUGCAGGCCGUUUCUGCCAGUUGUUAUCGGGAAGUUGAUAUUGACAGGCCCACUUUGUCGGAAGCUGGUUUCAAUCGAAGGAAACUCAGCUUGGAGCUUCUCUCUUUAGCCGAUUGAACCCUGACGUUAGGUCAUUGUUGUGCAACGACCAGCAAAAUGGACAGAAGUGUUGGAAUUAUGGGUGAAGAGUUGAGCGUCUUCAGAGCAGUUGAACCAUUGUCUGAGGAUUUUGAUCCAACGGCGGUGAUUAAAGAUCCUGUACCACCAGUAGUUGAAAAUAAUGGGAGUGUUGAUGCGAUGACCAUGAUGAGGGAUGAUAAAAAUAAAAGAGAGAUAGUGCUAGGCAGGAACGUUCAUACCACAUGCUUGGAAGUUACGGAACCAGAUGCUGAUGAUGAGAUGACAGGGGACAGGGAAGCUUAUAUGGCAAGUGUUUUGGCUAGAUACAGGAAAUCUCUGAUGGAAAGGACAAGGCAUCAUUUAGGAUAUCCCUAUAAUUUGGAUUUCGACUAUGGUGCCCUUGCACAGCUGCAGCACUUUUCAAUAAACAACUUAGGAGAUCCAUUUAUUGAAAGUAACUACGGCGUCCACUCACGGCAGUUUGAAGUAGGUGUUUUGGAUUGGUUUGCCCGAUUAUGGGAGAUUGAGAAAAAUGAGUACUGGGGUUAUAUAACAAACUGUGGCACCGAAGGGAAUCUUCAUGGCAUUCUUGUUGGGAGAGAGGUUUUCCCAGAUGGGAUUCUGUAUACCUCACGGGAAACACAUUAUUCUAUUUUUAAAGCUGCUCGGAUGUACAGAAUGGAAUGUGUGAAAAUUGACACACACUGUGCCGGGGAGAUUGAUUGUGAUGAUUUCAAGGCCAAGAUUCUUCGUAACAAAGACAAGCCAGCAAUUGUAAAUGUCAAUAUAGGCACAACCGUCAAAGGAGCUGUGGAUGAUCUUGAUCUAGUAAUAAAGACACUUGAAGAAGCAGGAUUUUCACAUGACAGAUUCUACAUCCACUGUGACGGAGCUUUAUUUGGUCUCAUGAUGCCUUUUGUCAAACGAGCUCCAAAAGUUUCCUUUAAGAAGCCUAUAGGCAGUGUAAGUGUUUCUGGCCACAAAUUUGUAGGGUGCCCUAUGCCUUGUGGUGUGCAAAUUACAAGAUUGGAGCACAUCAAUGUUCUCUCCAGGAAUGUUGAGUACUUAGCUUCUAGGGAUGCCACAAUCAUGGGCAGCCGAAAUGGCCAUGCUCCCAUCUUCCUCUGGUACACCUUAAACCGAAAGGGAUACCAGGGUUUCCAGAAAGAAGUACAGAAAUGCUUGAGGAAUGCACAUUACCUGAAAGAUCGGCUUAGAGAUGCCAGGAUCGGCGCGAUGCUUAACGAGUUGAGCAGCACAGUUGUGUUUGAGCGGCCUCAUGAUGAGGAGUUUACUCGCAGGUGGCAACUUGCAUGCCAAGGCAAUAUUGCUCAUGUUGUGGUGAUGCCAAACAUUACAAUUGAGAAGCUUGACAAAUUUCUGGAGGAGUUUGUGCUGAAACGAGCCGAGUGGUUUAAAGAUGGCAACUGUCAACCUCGCUGUAUUGCAUCAGAUGUGGGUGAAAAGAGUUGCCUUUGUGCCUUACACAAAGAGAACUGAGGCUAGGCAUGUUAGAACUAGGUAAUAGGAUACUUGUAGAUUUUGUUGUUCUUUGUUUUGUUGUGUGAGUGAGGCUUUGACGGAAAUGUCAUACAAUGAAUAUCGCAUUUACAAUCUUCUGUUCUCCAUGCUUUUCUGGCACUUAACAGAGAUAUCUUGGUUUAUUUA